CACUAAUGCAAGAAAAUCAAUCUUCUUCUACUACUUGUUCAUUCUUCCUUCCUUGUUCUUCUAACUAAUCAGUAGUUGCUCAGUCAACACAAAAACUGUCUAAUCCAACAACAUCAUCCCAAUUCUUCUCUUUGCACUAGUCUUCAUUGAUGAUGAUCAUCAUCAUCUCUAAAUAGAGAGUGAGUUGUACUGAAACACCCCAAGAGCAACUUUUUUUUUAGAUAGCUGGAGUGAUAGAGGCCCCCACUCAUAAUUUCCCUUCCAAUUAAGCUCCCUCUUCUUGAAUGCACAGUGUGGUACUAGUUUGAAGAAACCAAAAACAUUUUUAGCCGCUUUUUGUGAUUCUUUCAUGAAAUCUUGACACCUGUUGCUGCUGUGCAGAAUUGCAAAGCAAAAACCCCACUCAUUUCAUGUAUAUAUAUAGCCCAUUCACUUCUUCUAUCUCUUCCAUAUUCAUAUCAUCAAGUAAAUUUUUUUCCAAAUACUCUAAACACAACAAAUUAAUUCAUUCAGUCUCUUCUGAUCAGAGUUAUUGUUCUUAUUCUUCUUCUUGUGUUUAUUAUUUCCCAGAGUGAGUAAUUAUAAGAACCCUGAAGGAUUACAUAUAGAGAGACCUGCUGAGAGUAUGUGUAAUUCAAAACCAUCUUCUCCUUCUUCAUAUCUACCUCCUAAUAAAAAAACUCUUCUCAUGAGUAAUAAUAAUCACAAAACCAUGGAUCUUCUUCCUGUCCGUAAUUCUUCUGACUAUGAACAAGAUGAUGCAGAACUUCAUAGAUUGCCAACUCCCACUGAGGUUGUGGAAGAGAUCAAAGCUAUUGGAAAGAUUUCAGGUCCAACAGCUUUAACUGGUCUACUUUUAUAUUCAAGAGCAAUGAUCUCCAUGCUUUUCUUAGGCUAUCUAGGUGAACUUGAACUGGCUGGAGGAUCAUUAGCAAUUGGGUUUGCUAAUAUCACUGGUUAUUCAGUCAUUUCUGGUUUAGCCAUGGGAAUGGAACCCAUUUGUGGUCAAGCAUUUGGUGCCAAACAGAAGAAGAUUUUAGGUUUAACUUCACAGAGAACAGUUCUGCUACUACUCACUACAUCCAUACCCAUUUCAUUCAUGUGGGUUAACAUGAAGAGGAUUCUCUUAUGGUGUGGACAAGAUGAAGAGAUCUCAUCAGUGGCUCAUGUCUUUAUACUUUUCUCCAUUCCUGACUUAUUCUUUCUAUCUCUUCUCCAUCCUCUUAGAAUCUAUCUCAGAACUCAAAGCAUCACAUUACCAAUAUCUUUCUGUUCAGCCAUCUCUGUUAUCAUCCAUAUCCCUCUGAAUUAUCUACUAGUCAUUCAUCUCAAGAUGGGUAUUGCAGGUGUUGCACUAGCCAUGGUUUGGACUAAUCUCAACCUUUUCAUCUUAUUGGCUGCCUUUAUAUUCUUCUCUGGUGUGUAUAAAGAUUCAUGGGUUGCUCCUAGUAUGGAUUGUCUAAGAGGUUGGUCUUCAUUACUUAGCUUAGCCAUUCCAACUUGCAUUUCAGUGUGUCUAGAAUGGUGGUGGUAUGAAUUCAUGAUACUGCUAUGUGGGUUACUAGUUAAUCCCAAGGCCACCAUUUCUUCCAUGGGAAUUCUAAUUCAAACAACUUCUCUAGUUUAUGUCUUUCCAUCGGCUUUAAGUCUCGGAGUAUCAACUCGGGUCGGGAAUGAAUUAGGUGCGAACCGACCCGGUAAAGCCCGUAUCUCCAUGAUCGUAUCUUUAGCUUGUGCAGUUGUAUUAGGCCUCGGAGCCAUGACAUUUACAGUCCUGAUGAGACACCAAUGGGGAAGAUUAUUCACGAACGACGCCGAAAUUCUUGAAAUCACAGCAAUGGCUUUGCCAAUUGUCGGACUCUGCGAGCUUGGAAAUUGUCCGCAAACAACCGGUUGCGGUGUUUUACGGGGAAGUGCAAGACCAAGUACUGGAGCAAAUAUAAACUUGAGCUCGUUCUAUCUAAUAGGAAUGCCAGUUGCAAUUGUCAUGGGGUUUGUCAUCAAGAUGGGUUUUACAGGACUUUGGCUUGGAUUGUUAGCAGCUCAAGGCUCAUGUGCACUGCUAAUGCUGUAUGUUUUAUUAACAACUGAUUGGAGUGUCCAAGUACAAAGAGCAAAGGAAUUAACAUAUGAUUCAUCUUCUACCAAAGAAGUUGUUAACAAAAAGGUGGUUAAUUUGGAACAAGUUUUGUGUGUAACAGAUGAUGAGGAUGAUCAAGUGAAGCAGCAGCAGUCAUCAUCACUUGAAACAGACCCACUCAUUUCUAGUACAUCCAUAUUCAAAUAAUAAUACAUUUUUUUUUCUUUUUCUUUCUUGUUUUCACUUGAGAUGGUGAUGAUGAGAAGAUUAUUGUGGAGAGGAAAAAAAAAGAAGAAAAAAAAAUGUAAUGUAGGGUGUAGAUGAGAGGGAGGAGGAGGUGAUCCAUUAGGGAACAUUUUUUUUUUUUCCACUUUCUGUUAAUUUUGGGGUGUUAAUGUUAUUAAUGUUUGAAUAUAUAGAAAAAAGAGGAUAAAUUUUUUAUCUUAUUACAA